AAUGUAGCUGCAUUGAAAUUGAGUAAUUUUUGAGACUUUUGCUAUAUCUAUUAAAUAAAAAAUUUAAUGCAUAAAUCAAUUUUACCUUAUUUUUUUAAUUCUCAUUCCAUCUCGAUCCUAAUUAAAUCAGCCAAACACUAUCUAUUCUCAGUCUGAUUAAUCACACGCAACCAACUAAACGUACUAAAUUGCAUGCCUAUCUCAAGAGAAAAUGUUUUACUAGACAUGAGCCAGGAUGGAUCAUUCGACCAAUCAAGCUCCAUAAAUAUCAGAACGAUUACUUUGGUUAAGGUCUAAUACAAAACUAAUGCAAGCAUUCUUUAUCACGCCUCUGCUCUCGCCGCCCCCUACGUUGCUCCAUUGUUUCCUUUCCUUCACCUGCAUCGCACAGCGCUCCCACCCUUCGGCCGCUCUCGCGUCGGGCAGGGCUCGGGAGUCGGGACUCCUCGCACGCAUUGGAGACUUGGAGGCCGUCGGGACUCCAUAUCGGCAUUGACGUCCUCCGCCACGAUUGUCCUGUUCACGAUUGUGUCCCUUUAUCCCACCGGUGCAAUCGCGGGUGGUUUUGUGUUUAGGGUUUAACAGUAACACUCCAGUGCGGAUUGCCUCCAAGGUGGGAUCUUGGCUUUUCAUCCCGUUCGCUCUAGUUCUUUGCACUUUUUUUGUUUGCAUCUUCUUUUAAAGAUUCUGAUAGCGGUAAUGCUUAUACUUAAUGAAGAUUCGAAUCAUUUGCAUUAUAUAUAACUUUUAUCUGUUGCGCUUUGAAAUUAGGUUUUUUCGCUUCCCUUUUUACUCCCAAUAAAACUUGCAUUAUUUCUACCUUUUAUUUAUUGCACUCUUAAAUUGAGUUUUUUCGCUUCCCUUUUUACUCCCCGUAAAAUCGUCGUUCUUGCAUUCUACUACUACUUCAUUUUCUCUCUAUUAAUGUGCAUUUAUUUGCACCAUCGAUGAUCGAUUAUUACUUUGGGUUUUAGUCCUCCCUCCUGUUUGGCUCUCUGAGUUCUUUCCGGAGGUUGAUUGGUGUCACGAGUCACGUGAACAGCAUCGCCUAUCUGAUCAUCGUGUGAAUUGUGAUAUUCUAUGGAUCUCAGAUUGAUCUGUGACGCCGAUGACCUGAGUACCGGGCGAACUCCACACAUCCACACCGGCUGUGGGGACGACAAGGUACUGCUCUUCUCUCCGUUGUUCCAUGCAUGGACUGCUCCAGACCAGCAUUAUUUCAGUCUGUUGCCAUCUAUGGCCGUCUCCACCUGCCGGCCUCAGUGCCUUCACUCGUAAAUCGGGCACUUUCUGUUUGGGAUCAAUUGUCAAGUUCAUGUUAGUUUUACAAAGAUUGGAAGUUUGGGCGUUCUGCGGGAUGCUGUACUCUGUUUGGUCGGUGGUCGCAAAGACCAGUUGUGUCCUUUUUAUUGCUCAACUAACAUUUUGAUUUUUUGGGCCCCCCUUGAUACGAUGCAACACUUUCUUUCCUUGUCAAAUGUAUAAGGAAAGAUUAGAGACUCAAUUUGAUCGUGUCACAUUUUUCUACAGUUCUAUAUCUGGAGGGAGUUGCUUUUGCCUUGUUUGCAGUAUUAUUGUGCACAUAUUUGUGGAUACCAUUUUUUUUCUUAGGGGCUAGUUUGAGAGUCACAAAACCGGACGGGAUUAGAGGACCUGCCCCUCUAAUCCCCUACGGGCUAGUUUGGGAGUCACAAACCCGGAGAGGAUUAGAGGGGCGCCUAGAUGUGAAAGUAGUACUCUGAUCAUGUGUUUUUUUACCACAAGAUUCACAUCUAUCAAAUACUUAGCAAGUGGAACACAUGAUCUUAAUAGAAUUCUAACUCCAAAUUCAAGAAUUUCAACUCCAAAAUCAUGUUGUUUCGCUUAUUUAUUUACCAUCCAAAAAUGAUGGUAGUAUUCAAUUCAAGUCUUUUGCAAAUAUAUAUUACUCGCAAAUUUGCAAAAAAAAGGAUCUCUAAGCAAUGUGAGGAUUGCUAUAAAUUAUAUGCUACCAGACAAAUUUUCACACCAAAAUUCAUCAUACACCAUGAGAAACAACUAUAUAUUACAUGUGGGGCUACCAGACUUUCUUUCAAGAGAAAAAAAAUCUUUCAAUAAGGUUUAUCUGUGAUUUAUCUCAUUACUGCAUGUAACAGAGUUUGAGUAUUGACCUAAACUUUUAGCAUAUGAUGAUGAUGACUUGAUUGCACUGCUUACAGUUUUAAAUCUUUUCUUGUUGAUUUGAAAUCAUACUGAAAGGGCAAAAGGGGAAGCAUGGUAGUUGGCGCAGGCUUGCAGUAGAUAUGGACUUUGUAUCUACCAUCAUAUUGAUUCAGAUGCCUUUUAAUUACUAAAGAAGCACGGAUGAUUGCAGGACUUAUGGAUAUAUUAUUACUGUCAAUGCGUAUUAGGCAACCAGAAACAAAAGUUACAUAUGCGUACAUGUCAAGUUUUGCAUUUAUUUGUUUUCUUACAUCAUACUCAAGUUGUUCUAAAAUAUAAUCUAUAUAGUUUCUGUUUUUGCCAAUUUUCUUUUCCUUCAAAAUAUAAGGUUUUCAUGCAGUUUGGAUUGUCCUCUUAUUUUCCAUCACCAAUCUAUCUCUUCUGUUUCGACAUUUGAGUUAACACAACAUAACUAUUCUUUCCCUUCUUGCCAAGACAUUAGCAUCACAUAUAUACUAUCUAUUCCUCUACCAUUUUCUUGGCUCCAUAAGCUCCUUAUUCUCUGCAACCAGCGAUGUAUGCCCUAUAAAGGAAAUGUAUGGACUCUCUUUCAGCGAGAUACCAGAUAUUACAGUUCAGUUUUUUACUGGAGACUCUACCAUUCAAUUCCAUUUAUUAUUAUUUUUAUAUGACGAAAGUAUAGGACCUGAUGCUAUCAUGUACUGAUAUUUGAAGGAUGAUUUAGGGAGUAUGAACUAAAGUGGUCCUUGGCCUUAUUAAGGGACAGGUUGCAAGAUUCAACCAAUUAUUCUGUAUGAGUAUUGUUGCUAGGAAGCAUGUGAGAAGGUAAUAAGGAUUCAAACCACCUUCUCAGUUCAUCUGUGAUAUUUGAGCUGGCAUGUCAGUGUCCUCUUCAUUCAAGUGCGGCUGGAUAACAAAUGGAUUCAAAAAGGCUAUCGUUGUCAUCAGUACAUGGAGAUUUUUUGGGACAAACAUCACAAAGUCAUUCAUGCUCCGAGAAGUAUGAGUGGAGAAACUUAAUCUUUCAUCAAAGUGAUAAAGCAACAAGGGAUCAAUGUGAUCAUGUUGCAACCCGGCACUUACCUCUGCAUAUGCCUCGCAGGUUGGGGCCAUCACCUGGUCAUGGACAUUCCUCUGAGAUUUAUGGCCCUGGAGAUGGAGUAGGUGGAUGCCAUCUAUCUUGCUGUUCUUAUGGUGGACACCGUGGUAAAUAUCAUGCUUGCCACAACCAUUCAUCGGAAUGGGCCAGGCACAACAUUUCACCUGAACCUGGUCCUAUCAGAUCUUACUGGAUAACGAAAAGGACUUCCUCCGAUCAUGUUUCUCAUUGUGCAAAAGGAUCUGACAGACAGAUACGCCCAGCAGGAGGUUAUAGGAAGAAUUAUUCUGCUAACCAGGGGAGUGGCAGUCAGAACAGACCGUAUCAUGAUGAUAGAUAUCUACCAACUAAAUUCCUGGAUGACCGUUUUCCUGAGAUAGAUGCUGCAAAACAUCAGUCUUACUUAUGCGAUUUUCAAUCUUCAAGUAAGCAUAUUCCUGUUCACCCCUCACAUGGUCAAUCAUGUCAAAGGGAUGAAGUAGCAAAAGCUCACCCCAAGAGACCAGUUAAUCGAUUUCGUCCCAUCCACCAUAAGCAACUUGAGCGCUGUCCCAAUGAAGAUUUUCAUGAUUGCUUUGAUAGCAGUCAGAAAUUCAGAAAUGCUUAUAAUGACAAGGUAGUAAAAAGGAAAUUUAUAAAACAAGAUUUCCUUGGAAACACUUACAAUGGUGCUUGUGUUGGUAAAUAUGAUAGAAACAGUUGCAGGAAAAGGAAUGCAGAUCAUUUUGGUGGAGAGAAAACCAGGAAGAAUGACGCAAAUAAGGACAGGUCUAAAAGGCUUCGCUGCCCCCUUGAGCAGGACCAACGGCAACAGGUUGAGUGCAACGAGAUGAGAAAUGAUAGUCGGGAGGGAAAUGUUGAAAUGACCAGGUUAGUGUGUCAAGAUGGAGCAAAACGGAACUUCAACCAAAAGAAGAAUGCUACAGCUCCUGCUUCUAGUGACUCAACAAAGUGUGAUGGGAAAAAUAUAUUAAGUCCCAAGUGCAGCAAAACUAUUGCUUCAUCACACACACCAAAUUUGAGCGAAGGAAGUGAUGACAUGGAUCCAAAAUCUGACAACUACGUUGAUGGUUGCACUGAAAGAGGUAUACUGCAGCAUAUUCCAGUCACCCAUACAGAGAGGAAUAUACAACUGAAAAUAUCAGAUAAUUUUACUCAGUCUGAGGCGUUUCGCCGAGAUUGUUUAAUCCUGUGGAGAGAAAGACAAUUAAGAAAGGAUAGUGCUGCUAAGGCUGAUAACAUUGUGAAAACUGACCAACAACAGACUGCACAAAGAAGCAAGAUGUCAACUGGAAGAAGAGUGGGGAGUGGAGGAUCUGCUGCGUCUUCUUGCUCAAAAAGCGAUAAUAAAGACGACUCUGCUCCAGAGUGUUCUGACCAAUUUAGUGGUGCAACAUCAUCUGAUAAACUACAAAAGUUUGGUGAAGGAAGAGCUAACAAAAAGUUAGAGCAGACCAUCAAAUUCCCCAGUAACAGUAAAUGCAACAAAAGGCCUCAAGACGCAACAGCUGAGAAAGUACUGAAGUGUAGUCUCAAGCUUCUGUCAGAAGCAGAUCCUCUUGAAAUUGCACAACCUAAAGGAAAGGAAAAACUUGUUGACAGGAGGCAGGUAUCAACCGAACAUCAAGAUGCCAAGACACAUAGUAGUUUGAAUGGUUGUUCUGACACUUGUAAGGUGGAUCAAGCAGCUAUUUCACACUGUCAUAAUAGUGCACAUCAGAAUAUUUUUCAACAGGAGAAAAAUAGUGCUGUUUCGGAUGCAAGAAGGGAAGAGAAACCAGGUGUAAAAUGUGAAAAGAAAGCAGCAGGCCAUGGUGCCAAACUGGCUGAACAAUCUACUGGUCUGUAUAGUGACCCAAUAUCACUGGACAAAGAGACUGUUGUUAGUUGUUCAAAGCAUGGCACUUCGAAGGUAAAUGCACUAAAGGUUCCAGAUCAUGAGAUUGAGAGUACUUCACUCGAUGGGUCAAUGCUGCCUCGAGGAACUGUAGUAGACAUGUGCCUAAGGAAGUCCAUCAACCGGUCUAGUGAAAGUUACUGCAUAGAUUUCAAAGAUUGUUUAGAUGGAAAUGAUUGUAGAGACAGCCAACAAGAAACCACGCAUGACAAUGUUUUAAGGAAGAAGCAAGAAUGUUCCCUGUUGCCAGAGACUAAAGAUGAGUUGAACGGGAAAGCUAGAAAGGAGGAUUGUGAACCCCAAGCCCGUAGGGUUGAGAUCGAAUCAAAUCAACGGAUAACAACAGAGGAUUGUGCCUCUGAUACAAUACUUUCUGGCUCUGCUAAACAAGAUGACCGGAUCCGAUGUUCUUCAAUACCAGACUUAAAUUGCUUGCCUAGUAUGAGCAGCGAUGAGGAUUUUAUGGCACCACCUGAGGAACCGGUUUGCCAGGUAAGUGUAGACAGUUUCAAACCUCAGAGCAUUUCUAAGAGUCUUUCAGCUUCAUUAACUGGACACACUCCAAAGAGAGAACUGUUCAAGCAAGUAGAGGGGAAACAGUGCGAUCGAGCUGAGGAAACCAACCAAAUCGCCAGGGAAGUUUGCAAAGACGGUACCUCUGAAGCAGCAACUCAGUUGCAGAUCUCGGAAUCAAAUACUGGUCCUCCGCAACUAAGAACAGCCGAAGAAAGUAGCACCCCAAUGAACGCACUCAAGAGCGCCUUGUACGAAUUCGUCAAAGGCUGUGUAAGACCUCUGUGGGAAGACGGGCUGCUGUCCCGCGAGGUCCACAAAUUUGUCGUGAAGAAGGCCGUGGAUAAAGUGCUAGACGUCUGGGCUCACUCGACGGAGAUAAACGUCCCAAGAAUCUUGUCCGAUGAAGCUGAAGGUAUAAGGACCCUUGUUAAGGACUACCUAAAGAUAUACGUGGGAAGUGAAGCCCUUAGGAAAAGCAUCCCCACAAGUUCUUGAGCAAGGUGAAACACGAUGUAGAUGUUUCCCCAUUUUCUGUACCUUCGUAGUCUCUUUCGUAGUUUGUGUAGGUAGCUCUGCACAGGUAGUCAGGUAGGAUGUGAAGUUUACAAGGUGAUGGAUAUUGACAGAUUGAACGCUGACAAAGUUUAACCAUCUUGGAACCCUGUCCUAGUAGUUGGUUGGGAAAAAAAUGCUUUUUUGCUCUGUGAGUGCGCAUCUGUUUACUCGGCUUUCGGCCGGUGAUGCGUCA